GCCACACUGCGCCAAUUGUUUUCAUAAAGGCGACGUGGAAGUAAACGCGAAAAAAAACCCAGCCCGCUGGCGUAAAAACACACUCCCCACGACACUGGCAGCUGGCGCAUGGAGUUCCUGAAGAGUGGCAUCAAGACGGUGCUGGGCGGCACGGAGCCGGGCCAGCAGCCAAGUGCCGCCGAGACGGUAGAAAAGCUGGUCGAUCGCGUCUACUCCUCCACCCUGCUGGAGGAUCGUCGCGACGCAUGCCGGGCACUGAAGGCGUUGUCCCGCAAAUACCGGAUCGAGGUGGGCGCCCAGGGCAUGCCGCCGCUGGUCCAAGUCCUGCAGAACGAUGGCCAGGACGCGGAGAUAAUAAGCUAUGCCCUGGACACGCUCUGCAAUGUGGUAACGAGCGAGGAAUUCGACGAGGAGGCCGAUAAUCCGACGGUGUCUGUCAACGUGGGCGAGCAGUUCACGGAGAUGUUCAUCAAGACGCCGGAGCACGUAACCCUGGUGAUGGGUUACCUCGACGAGUACGAUUUCCGUGUGCGCCGGGCCGCCAUCCAGCUAAUUACAUCCCUCAUCUCGAACAAGACGCGCGAGCUGCAGGAUCUUGUGCUGGUCAGCCCGAUGGGGGUGUCCAAGCUGAUGGACCUGCUCACCGACAGCCGCGAGGUCAUCCGCAACGAUGUCCUGCUGCUGCUGAUCGAGCUGACCAAGGGCAACUCGAAUAUCCAGAAGAUCGUGGCCUUCGAAAACGCUUUCGACCGCCUAUUCGAGAUCGUGCGCGAGGAGGGCUGCUCCGACGGCGGCAUUGUCGUCGAGGACUGCCUAAUCCUGCUGCUGAACCUGCUCAAGAACAACUCCAGCAACCAGCAAUUCUUCAAGGAGGGCAGCUACAUCCAGCGCUUGGCGCCCAUGUUUGAGCUCGCCCAGGACACCGAGGAGCUCGGCUGGUCGCCGCAAAAGGUCUCCAACUUCCACUGUCUGCUGCAGGUGGUCCGGGCCUUGGUCACGCCCAGCAAUCAGCAGCUGGUGGUGACCGCCUGCCAGCGCGUCAUGCAAAAGUCCCGUCUACUCCACGCCCUCUGCGAGAUUCUCAUGAGCAGCGGCGUUCCGGCGGACAUACUCACGGAAACGAUCAAUGCCGUGGCCGAGGUGGUCCGCGGCGAUCGGGAUAACCAGGAUGAGCUGGGACGCGUUAUGGCGCCAAGCAGUCCGCCCAGGCCCGCCAUCGUAGUCCUGCUAAUGUCCAUGAUCAAUGAGAAGCAGCUCCUGGCCCUGCGCUGUGCCGUUCUCUAUUGCUUCGAGUGCUUCCUUUACCGCAAUGCCGACGGCCAGCGGGCGGUGGUGCAGACGCUACUGCCGUCUAGCACCUCGGAUGUGAGUGCUCUGUCCACGGGACAGCUCCUUUGCACCGGCCUCUUCUCCACGGAUGCCCUGGCCAAUUGGUUCUCGGCCGUCGCCCUGAUGCACACCCUCGUGGAGAAUGUGGCCCUAAAGGAGGAGUUGUUGCGCGUCCUACUGGCCACUCCCGGUGGCCAGCGACCCAUUACGCUUUUGGAGCAGUGCUGCAAUCUUAUGCAGCAGGAACGGUACCGGUUGCAAAGCAAGGUGGGCCUGCUGAUGCUGCUCAGCCUUUGGCUGGCCCACUGCCCGGGCGCGGUAAAGGCGCUGCUCGAGACGCAGGGCACCAUGGCCUACCUGACCGCCCAGCUGUGCUCCAAUGAGCACGACGAACGCGAGUUUCUCGUCCAGGGCAUGUGCGCCUUCCUCAUGGGCCUGUGCAUCCAGUUCAACGACAACUCUCUGCCCGGACAGAAGCGCGAGGACAUCAGUCAGCUCAUCAUCAAGCGCAUUGGCCAGGAGAGCUUCUGCAGCAAGCUGGGGGAAGUGUCGCGCCACGAGGCCUACAGCCGGGCCUGCAAGCAGGCACAGAUCCGUGCCAAGUCCGCCGGCGAGCUGCUGCUCGACUACGAGUACUGCAAGCUGUACAAGGGACUGGAGGCACUGAUUGCCAAGCUGGUCAGCGGCUUCGAUGUGGACGGCAUCGAGCUGACAGAGCUCACGCUCAGUUCGGAGGCAUCUGCCCUGGUCUCCCAGUACAAGGGCAUAAUCCGGGGCAUGGAUGCCCAGAUCCAGACGCUGCAGCAGUCUUCCAAAGAGCUGGAACAGGAGAAUGCCAAGCUGAAGGAGAAACUCAACGAAGAGGAGAACCUCAAGGCUCAGCUCUCGGACCAGAAUACGUUGCUUAAAGCCCAGCUGGGUGCCACGGGUCAGGUGAAUGUGGUGCAGGGACAAGUGACGGAAACUCCAGCCCCAAGCGAGGAGGAACUGAAUGCCGCUCGCUACCAGGCGAAUAUGUACUUUGCGGAGAACAUUCGUCUGACCAAGGAGCUGGAGACGCUGCGCCAACAGCUGGCGGCGGAAAGACAGCGGGCAGAUGCAGCGCAGGAAUCACUGGCAGCCACGCAAAAGGAUCAGGAGGAUCUUCUCGAGCUGCUGGCCGAUCAGGAGGCCAAGCUUACGCGUUUCGAGGAGACGACAACGACAACUUUGACGGCUGCUCAUCCAAAUCAUAUUUCCGGCGAGGCGCCUGCCGUGACUACGGUUCCUUUGGACGAGAGUCCCAUACCCAGUGGCACUGCCAGCAGAUAAGGACCUUUGCCUGCUGACCAUUUUUGGACUGGAACUGCCGCCACGAAAGCCUCGUAACAUCUUAUAUACACAUUCUAAUUGUUUUUUAUUUAUAUAUGUGUAACAUUAACUACGUACCGAUGAAUAUACCUAUGUCUUAGCUCGAAA